AUGGAACCUCUCUCAGAUAGUGACUCUACAAGGCUCUUUUGUAAAAGAAUAUUUUCAAGUGAGAAUAAAUGUCCUAGUGAACUUAAGGAAGUGUCUAGAGAUAUUUUGAAGAAAUGUGGCGGUGUACCAUUAGCUAUCCUUACUAUAGCUAGUCUUCUCACUGUUGGUCAUCAGAUCAAGCCAAAAGUUGAAUGGCAAGUUCUGCUAGAUUCAAUUGGGCGUGGACUUACAGAAGAGGCAAGUAUGGAGGAAAUGCAGAGGAUACUGUCACUUAGCUACUAUGAUCUGCCUUUUGAUCUGAAGACUUGCCUAUUAUAUUUAUGUAUGUAUCCAGAAGAUCAUGAGAUUGACAAAAAAGAUCUGAUAUGGAAGUGGAUAUGCGAAAAUUUUGUGCAGCAUGGAAAACAUCAGACUAGCAUGUUUGAAGUUGGGGAAACUUUUUUUAAUGAGCUCAUAAACAGAUACAUGAUUAUACCAAUAUUCAACGGUUUUCGUGAAGUAAAAAGUUGCCGUGUGCAUGACAUGGUGCUUGAUAUGAUUCGUUCCUUGUCAGCUGAAGCAAAGUUUUUGACAAUAUUGGAAAGUAACAAGGAUGUGACUAGUUCUCACAGAAAUAUCCGUAGACUAUCUCUCCAGAAUACCGAGGAAGAUCAACAAGCUGCACCUCUCAUCAAUUCAAUGUGUAUAUCACAAGUGAGGUCCAUCAAUGUCUUUCCACCAGCUGUGACUAUCAUGCCUGCUAUAUCUAGCUUUGGUGUUUUACGUGUAUUGGACUUGUGUCGAUGCCGUAUUGGGGCAAUUAACUUUCAGCCUAACUUGAGGGAUAUUAGGUAUUUAUUUCACCUGAGGUACCUAGGUCUAAAAGAAACCGGUAUCUCUGAACUGCCAGAGGAAAUAGGAAAUCUACAGUUUUUGCAAGUUUUAGAUUUAGGACGCACUAAUGAUAUGAGACAUUUGCCAUCAUCUAUGUGGAAGCUACAAAAGUUAAUGGUCAUCAGGGUUUCUUCUCGCUGCUAUUGGCACCCUGGUGUAUUGGGUAACCUGGCUUCUUUGGAAGUAGUCGAGGGGAUCUAUGCCUCUCCGAGCACCGUGCAAGAGCUUGGCUGCCUGGCAAGGCUGAGGAAGCUCGACAUUUACUUCUUUGAUUGGAGCAUCGAGGUAGAGGAAACUUUUGUGGAGACUAUAUACAACCUGCAUGAUAUCAGAAGUCUACGUAUUGCCUGCGACGAUGUACCAUACUUGGAUCUCUUGGGGGGGCGCUGGGAACCCCCUCGAUGCCUUUGCAAAUAUACUUUCACAUCAGACCAUAUCGCAUGCUCUGGAUUGCCGAUGUGGAUAACAAAAUGUGGCCCCUCACAUCUAUCAAACCUAUCAUCGUUUCAUAUCAGAGUCAAGGAUGUGCAGCAAGAGGAUGUGCAAAUCCUUGGGAGGUUGCCAACUCUUCGCCAUAUCUGGAUAAGCAGCACCCACCAAACAAAAAGGCUGCUCGUCAUCGGUGCAGAUGAGUUCCGUUGUGUGAUAGCCUUUGGAAUGCAUUGUGAGCCAGCCAAUCAGGUAGUCUUUCAACAAGGAGCAUUGCCAAAUGCAGAAUAUGUCCGAUUUAAUCUGGGUGUGCGGGUGGCCAAAGAAGAUGGUGACAGCGAUCUGUUUGAGCUUGGCUUGGGUAACCUUCUCUCACUUCAGGGUGGAUUAGUUGAAAUCCAUUGGGAUGGGGUCACCAUUAUGGAAGCUGAAGAAGCAUGUGCCGCAGUGAGAAAUGCAGUGAACACCCAUCCUAACCAUCCAAGCAUUGAUCUUUAUAUGGAGCCAGAGAUAGCAGAAGGUACAAACUACAAUAACACGUUAUACUCACCAAUGAAUGAAUAUAGUGUAGUUAUUUUACUCCUUUCUGCAUGCUUGCACCUAAUAAAUUCAAGCACAUGCUUCCUGAUAAUAUGUUGGCACUAA